CCCUCAACUAAAGUCAGCAUACACGCUCUCUUCUCUGUCAGACGCACCGACAGAGCCAAGUGUGUGUGAGUGCGUUCAUGUGGAUCUGUUAGUGGGCUACUCGCGCUUAGUGCGUGGUCCCCAGGGGCCCGAUGACAGGAUAGCCGCGUGGCGUGACUUAAGCACCAUCGGAACGCUUCAUUUGUAUGGUUGCUCCUUAUGUGCACUCUGAGGGGGUUAAGGUGAAUGCAAAGUUUGGCUGAACUUUUGGAGCGCAUCCUAUAUCGUUCCCUGUGGCAGUGGAUGCGCUCAAGGAGCGACGGACGCGAGAAGUGCGCGGACGCGCUGUGAAGCUGCGCGCCUGUGCGGCCGGACGUGGCCGAAGCGCUGGAUGCGAAUGCGAUGGAUUAGCAGCAGCAGCAGCAGCCUCGUCCGAAGCGCUCCCCUGUUUCCCUCCGUUCCCCGCCCGGACAAGGACUCUCCAUCACGGGAUUAUUUCCACUCUCGACGACUUUCUGCUCCCCACCGAGCUGAGAUGACAGAGGAGUGUGUGUUGCGGUGUGUGCUGAUGCUCUGCUGUGCGCUCCUCUCGGCCAAUGCCAGCAACUGGCUGUACCUGGCCAAGCUGUCGUCAGUCGGAAGCAUCCGGGAUGAAGAGACGUGCGAGAGGUUACGAGGCCUCAUUCAGAGACAGGUUCAGAUCUGUAAGCGCAGCGUGGAGGUGAUGGACGCGGUGCGCCGUGGUGCUCAGCUGGCCAUCGAUGAGUGUCAGUUCCAAUUCCGGAACCGUCGCUGGAAUUGCUCCACUCUCGAGAGCAUGCCUGUGUUUGGCAAAGUGGUCACCCAGGGCACCCGUGAGGCCGCCUUUGUGUAUGCCAUCUCAGCAGCCAGUGUGGCGUUUGCGGUCACAAGGGCCUGCAGCAGUGGAGAGCUCGAAAAAUGUGGCUGUGACCACAACGUACAUGGAGUCAGUCCAGAGGGAUUCCAGUGGUUGGGCUGCAGUGACAACAUUGCUUACGGAGUGGCUUUUUCUCAGUCCUUUGUGGACGUGAGGGAAAGGAGUAAAGGCCAGUCUUCCAGUCGGGCCCUCAUGAACCUGCACAACAAUGAGGCCGGCAGGAAGGCCAUCCUGGCUCACAUGCGCGUGGAGUGCAAAUGUCAUGGAGUGUCCGGCUCAUGUGAGGUGAAGACCUGCUGGAAAGCCAUGCCCCCCUUUCGCGAAGUGGGCAACGUCAUCAAGCAGAAGUUUGAUGGGGCCACUGAGGUGGAGCAGCGCAAAAUGGGCUCCGCCAAAGUCCUGGUGCCUCGCAACUCCCAGUUCAAACCUCACACUGAUGAAGAUCUGGUCUACUUAGAACCCAGUCCGGACUUCUGCGAGCAAGACCCCCGCACGCCGGGCAUGCUGGGUACAGUGGGGCGCCAGUGCAACAGAACCUCAAAGGCCAUCGACGGCUGCGAGCUGAUGUGCUGCGGCCGCGGCUUUCAGACGCAGCAGGUGGAGGUCGUGGACAAGUGCAGCUGUAAAUUCCACUGGUGCUGCUACGUCAAAUGCAAGCAGUGCCGCAAAAUGGUGGAGAUGCACACUUGUCGAUGAUGAAACGGGCACUGCUGACCAACUUCACAAACCAUCACAACUAGAGAGCACACUGAGGACACGUAAAGCUCCCUCUUCGGCUGGAUAGGACCAAAGCUUUGUGCUACUUGUUGACGAAAACACGGCGAGUUGCAGAGAAGCGCGCCGACAUCCACCUCCUCAUCGUGCCGUUUGUGUCGUCUCAAUUUGAAAGCGUUGUCUCCUUCCCUCUACGUCUUCUUGUAAUGUUUAACUUAUUUGUUGAGACUGAGGAUCUUAUCUGAGAUUGACUAAGAAGGAGGGGGCAGUCUGCUGGAGAUAAGGAGAGACAAACAGCAUCCCUGGAUGGGUGGGGUUGAGGGGUUUGGGUCCGGGGGGGGUUGGCACGCCGUCCUUGCUGCUCCUGCUGCUGCUGCUUUGGGGACUCAAUCAGUGCUGCACGUCAAGGGAGCAUCAAGAAAAGACGUACGUGGACUUUACAUGAUUUGCUUUCCGCGUGUGCAUGGCUGCACUGAGCUACGAUUUGAUCACGUCGAGUUGUGCGGUUGGCACCACGUGGCGCCAUGAUGCCGCUCUACUUAGACACACAUGCGGACACGUUCUCUGCCAAUGAAAGCCACUAUCAUCUCCUUCCUCUCCUCCUGUAAACUCACAGCAUGAGCACUAAUGAUUAAAAAAAGAAAAAAAAAACACUCACACUCGGAAAAUAUUGCUCAAUAAGAUCCGUACCCAUCAUCAAUGGAUAAUAGAGAAAAACAUGUCAACCCUGUUUACACCUUGGUUGAGGUCGGAAUGAAAUGAAGUUUUCCCGCUGUAAACAUUUUAUGAGUGGUGCCCAAAAUAACUGAAUUGUAGAGGACCACCGGCAUUGCAUUCACGGUUCUCCUCUUUGGACUUGGUGGAAAUCAACAUCCUUCAGGUCGCAAGGUUAUUGAUCGCCUAUCGUAUGUCGUUGUUUGCUGCACACAACCAACGCAUGAAUCAGACAAACACCAAGACAUUGGAAAGGUGCCGGUUGGUCGCUGAGCAUGCUCAUCAUGCAUGAUGACUGAAGCACUUUCUGUUCAACCGCACAUGAAGCCUCCACCCCGCAGCAACUGACAACAUGUGACCACACGCGGCCAAUUUGUCCCAGCGAAAAGCCACGCUUGCCUAUAAUAAUGUGCUAUCGUAAUCAUAAUGUAGAUCUGUAAACACUGAAGAUUAUAACUGCCUAUGAAUGUAUGAUGUUCAUCUUGAAUAUAUGCUGUGUCAAAUACA